AUGUAACUUAGUAAAUUUCAAAAAAAUGUAUUUUCAAGGCCGUUGGUGCCUGAUACUGACAAGUAAGUUUUCUUUCAUAAACAGUAAUGUACAAGCAAAUCAAACGAAGGAAAGAAAAUGUCUAAAGCACAAUACCGACUUUCGAUCUAGCCCAUCAUUCAAACCGGUUUACCUCGGUUAACAUUGGAAACAAGAAAAAAGAGACAUCAUGCGGUUUCUUCCGUCUGCUUCGUGGUCGCUUCGCGACUUGAUGCUCCAGCCGGAUCCGAUUAAUUUAAUGUCUACGGUGCGCACGUGUGCUAUCCUACUGUAGCAUAAAAUCUCGACAAAAGUCGAACGACCUCAGUUCGACUUCGACAUCUUGUCCGGUUACGUUUUUGCGGCUUCUUCUUCACACAGCAAAACUUUUUCCUUAGUCGAUCGAUAGCUCCCGCGGUAGCUACCACGAUCUCCUCCUACAGUUGGCAGACGAUUCAUUACUGUGUUCUAACUCGCAAUAAAUUUUACUAAAUGUGUGUUAAGUUGAUUCUUUAUCUUGUCUUAAGUCAGUAAGUCAUUUGCAGAGAUUUUGUGACAGAUAAUGACACUGAGAAAAGUGAUUGUUAUUUUGAUCGUUUUCAUUUGGAUCUCUGAUUCUUUAGCGGAUUAUCAUCAUCGCUCAAGGCGAUCGGGUAAUGAAUACAUACUACACAGAUGUACAGCUACUGCGGAAUUAAUUAGAAAGCACAGGAAUGAGGACGUUGCUAAUAUUAGCUCACGUAAAACUGAAGAAGACUUGGCACAAUUGCAAAUGCAACAAAGAAAUUCAGGUUUUAUAGCGACAGUUCCGAUAGACGCUACUCAAACUUCCAAUCAAAUUUCGAGCGGUAUUUACCGACGUAUGACUCAUAUGAGGAGACGCGGUAGUAAUGGGCACGCACGCCGAAUCACAGGCAAACAUUUGGCGGAUACACCCCUUAAAACUGUGAAUAUUGAUAUACCACAGGAUAGACCGUCGGCCUUCAAGAAGAAGAUUCCAUUACCGGAACUGGUGCGUGAUAUAGCCAGUCGAAAAAUUGAUUCGUCACCGCAUGUAAUAAUCAUCAAGUCUGUUAUUUAAUUUCUCCAACAGUAUUCAUAAAAGUAUGCUACUAUAAACUCUAUUUUUAUUGCAAACUGAUAUAAUUGUAUAAUGUACAAUAUUUGUAAUAACAUUAAGAUUAUGUUGCAUGUCAUCAAAACAUACAAUCUUCCAUAAUAAUUUAUCGAUCUUGCGUUCUAUAUAUUAUUAUUGAUAAAUAAUGCAGUUUUUUAAAAUAAAAUUAUUUUAAUUGUAAUAAACUUUUUGAAAAUUAAAACAAAUAUUGUAUUAAAUAAGUAAAUAUAUGAAAGCAUAUAUUGUUUAUAAUUUAUAUUAGCAAUUUAUCUACAAAAAUCAUACAUUUUUCAUAGUUACACAUCACAGCUAUGUGUU